GGACACAAGGGACACCCCCGGCAUCGCCCCCUCACCCCACAGGCCCCACGGCACGUGGCCGGGCGCCUGGACCCCGGGGCUCCCUGGGGUCAAUUCCUGCUGCCCCCCGACCCUCCAGGACCCGGCCCCGCUGCCCGGAACCCACUGGGGGGCCCGGGAGGCUCUGAGGAUGGGGAACGAGUGCUGGUGACAGGGCUCCACGCCUGCGGGGACCUCAGCCCGGCCCUGCUGCGCCACUUCGCCCGCAGCGCCGCCGUGGCUGCCGUGGCCUCGGUGGGCUGCUGCUACAUGAAGCUGUCGACCGCCCCGCAGCCCCCCGGCUGCCCCUUGGGCUACCCCUUGAGCGCCUCGGUGGCUGCGUUGCCGGGCCACCGGCUGUCGUACCGGGCGCGGGAGGCCGCGUGCCACGCGGUGGAGGAGUACGAGGGGCGGCUGCGGGGGGACGGAGCCCAUCUGCGCGCCCACUGCUACCGCGCCGUGCUCGAGAGCCUCAUCCGCGCCGCCGACCCCGAAAAGAGGCACCUGGGCCUGCAGCCGGGCAGGAAGGCACACACCCUGAGCUUCUCGCAGUGAGUUUGGGCAGGGGGCACAUCCUGAGCUUCCCGCAGUGAGUUUGGGCAGGGGGCACUCCCUUCUGCACACCCUGAGCUUCCCGCAGUGAGUUUGGGCAGGGGGCACACCCUGAGCUUCUCCCAAUGAGUUUGGGAAGGGGGCACCCUCUUCUGCACCCCCUCAGCUUCCCAAAGUGAGUUUGGGUAGGGUGCACUCCCUUCUGCAUGCCCUUGCGGCCCCCCAUAAGUUUGGGCAGGGGGCACUCCCUUCUGCACCCCCUCAGCUUCUCCCAGUGAGUUUGGGCAGGGGCACUCCCUUCUGCACCCCGUCAGCUUCCCCCAGUGAGUUGGGGCAGGGAGCACACCCUGAGCUUCCUGCAGUGAGUUUGGGCAGGGGGUACUCUCUUCUGCACCCCCUCAGCUUCCCCCAGUUAGUUUGGGUAGGGUGCACUCCCUUCGCAUGCCCUUGCAGCCUCCCAUGAGUUUGGGCAGGGGGCACCCAAUUUUAGAUACC